UGAUCAAGUAUUGGAGGAAAAAGAAACAAAAUUGAAGCAACGUCUCGCCCUAGUCUCUGUCGUUCUGAACCGUUAGGUUGACAGAAGCCUGGGAGCUAGCCACCUCACCAUCCAAGAUGUCGGCAGAUCCGCUAAAUUCGCCGAUUCUCAGAGCGCUAUUAGUUAUUGUGCUCACUGUCACACCUAGUUUAUGUGUCGAUAAAAAUAACUUCAAAACAUGUGACCAAAGUAGCUUUUGCAAGCGCAACAGAGCCCUGCAAGCUGGGGAAUCCCCCUAUGUUUUAGUAAAAGAGUCACUUAGCAAAACAGAUUCCGUAAUAGAAGCAACUGUACUUAAUACCAAAACAAAUGUAGAACUGCAUCUUAGCCUAUCAACUUUAGAAAAAAAUACGGCAAGAUUUAAGAUAAACGAACUGAAGCCAAUUAGGCCUCGUUACGAGGUGAAGGAUGCUCUCAAAACGGAGCCAAAGCUUGUCAGUUACAAGAUUACUAAGGAAGAAGCAAACAGUAUGCAUGUCUCGUUUGAUGAGAACAGCAACAUUAUCGUCACUUACAAGCCACUUAGAUUGGACUUUCUUGUUGGGAAUGAAGUUGUCGUCUCCAUCAAUACUAGAGGACUUCUGAACUUUGAGCACUACAGAGCGAAAAAGGUUGGGGAGCCCCCAAAAGAGGAACCCUUACAGCCAGCCCCGCCCGGGCCACCAUCUAUUGAGGGUGAUGAGCCAAAUGAGGAGCAGAAGCAGGAGGAGGAGAAGGUUGUGGAAGAUGAAAAACACGAAGAAGGCAUGUGGGAAGAGAACUUCAAAGAGCACCAUGACUCAAAGCCACGAGGUCCCAGCUCAGUUGGUUUGGAUAUCUCUUUCCCUGGUGUCGAACAUGUGUAUGGUAUCCCUGAGCAUGCAGACUCUCUUGCCUUGAAAUCCACCAUCGGCUCUGAGCCCUACCGUCUUUAUAACUUAGAUGUCUUUGAGUAUGAGCUGGAUUCACGUAUGGCUCUGUACGGCAGUAUACCUGUCAUGCUUGCUCACAGUGCUAGCAAGACAGUUGGUGUUUUCUGGAUGAAUGCAGCUGAAACUUGGGUUGACAUUAGCACAGCUGAUGCAAGAAAGUCCAUGUUAAACUCACUGAUGUCAUUUUUCAAGGCUGAGGAGGAGGUCCCACAAGUCGACACCCACUGGUUUUCUGAGAGCGGCAUUAUUGAUGUCUUUGUGAUGAUGGGACCAAGACCACAUGAUGUGUUCAAGCAGUAUGCUAGCCUGACUGGCCCCACUUCACUUCCUCCUCUGUUUGGAAUUGCCUAUCAUCAGUGCAGAUGGAACUACAAUGAUGAGGAGGAUGUGAAAAGUGUGGAUGACAGUUUUGAUAAGCAUGAUAUUCCGUACGAUGUCCUGUGGCUUGACAUUGAACACACGGAUGGCAAACGUUACAUGACCUGGGAUAAAGUCAAGUUCCCAAAUCCAGAGGCAAUGCAAGAGAACAUCGCAUCUAAAGGAAGGAAGAUGGUCACUAUCGUUGAUCCCCAUAUGAAGAGGACUAGCGAUUACCAUGUACAUGAGGAAGCCACAUCAUUAGGACACUACAUAAAGAACAAAGAUGGUGGAGAGUAUGAAAACUGGUGUUGGUCAGGUAGCUCAUCCUGGCCAGACUUUACCAAUCCCAAGAUCCGUGAGUGGUGGGCAUCCAAGAUAUCACAUGACCAAUACAAGGGAUCAACAACCAACCUGUUUAUCUGGAAUGACAUGAAUGAGCCAUCUGUGUUCCAUGGUCCAGAGAUCACCAUGCACAAGGACACCAUACACUACGGUGACUGGGAACAUCGUGAUGUCCACAACAUCUAUGGCAUGUACUUCCACAAAGCCACCAACCUGGGACUGAUUCAGCGCUCAGGCGGCAAAGACAGGCCCUUUGUGCUCUCCAGGGCUUUCUUUGCUGGUACUCAGAGAUAUGGCCCCAUCUGGACUGGUGAUAACAUGGCUGAGUGGAGUCAUCUGAAGGCGUCUAUUCCCAUGAUCCUUAGCCUAGGUGUGACAGGGCUGCCCUUUGCAGGAGCCGAUGUUGGGGGCUUUUUCAAGAAUCCUGAGCCAGAACUUCUUGCUCGUUGGUAUCAGACUGGAGUGUUCACACCAUUUCUCCGUGCGCAUGCGCAUUUAGACACCAAGCGUAGGGAACCUUGGCUUUUUGAUGACGUGUACAAGAAUGUGAUCCGUGAUGCACUUCGCACCCGCUACGCUCUCCUUCCCCUCUGGUACACUCUGUUCUUUCACGCAUCUCAGGAUGGGACGCCAAUCAUACGACCACUUUGGGUGGAAUACCCGGAAGACAAGUCCACCUUCAAAAUGGAGGAUGAGUUUCUCGUUGGCGAUCAGCUGCUGGUGAAACCAGUGACAGAGCCAGGACAAGUUACUUCGGAUGUUUAUCUUCCUGGAAAAGAACAGUAUUGGUACCACUUAGAUGACCACAAGAUCUACCGCGGAGGAAACAACGUCAAAGUCGCCUCUCCUCUUGACAAGAUUCCGCUGUUCCAGCGCGGCGGUAGCAUUAUCCCUCGUAAGAAUCGUAUUCGCCGCAGCUCCAGCCUCUCGCAUGACGACCCAUACACAUUGACCCUUGCACUGGACCCCAAGGGCGAAGCAGAAGGCGAUCUGUACAUCGACGACUUCCACUCGUUUGACUACAAGACAGGAGCAUUCGCUUACAUGAAGUUCACCUUUAAGCAGGGCAAGUUGGCCGCCAAGAACGAGACUAAGUCGCAGUUCCCAGACGUGUCCUCCCCGCCUGCGCCCAAAGAUGACGGGCUUCUCAACUCCGUCUGGAACUUGAUGAGGGACAAGCCUGCUGGUAGCACGCCUUUCAAGACCAAGGCGGAGAUCGAACGCAUUGUGAUCCUUGGCAUCAGCAACUCACCCAAGAGCGUAGUGCUGACGUCAUCAGAUACUGCUAAUCGACAACUCCAGUUCACGCAUGACAAAAGUGCAUACACACUGACCAUCAAAAAGCCCGCCGUGAACGCCGCCAGCGAAUGGACCAUUGCAAUGUACGCGUGACGCCUGUCUGACGUCAUCCUCAAAAUUUACCAGCGGCUAUAAGCCGUCAUUCCACCACCAUCACCUCACGGACGUCAUCACAACAACAAAUGAACAAUUAUGACGCCAUUAGCAUGAGUGACGUCAUUUCAAUAUUGAUGUCAUUACAGAAGGCAAAGCAUCUUGUACUUUUCUCCUGAUAAUUUUAUAUUUCUGCUAGCGAUUUUUUCGUAGUAAGUGAAUAGUAAAAGCACUUGAAUUUAUUUCUUAUGAGGUCUUUUGAGAAUUGAACUUCUGUAAAGAUCUUUAUUAAAAAAAAUCAUAAAAA